AUGGAAGAAGCAAGAUUUUGGAUGUUAACAAAUCAAACAAAGAUUGAUGAUCAUCAUGAUUCAUGGGAAGAAAGAGCAUUUGCUGAAGAUGCAUCAAGGAUGCUUGGAGGGUGUGUUUGGCCUCCAAGAUCUUAUACUUGUAACUUUUGUAGAAGAGAAUUUAGGUCAGCACAAGCUUUAGGUGGUCAUAUGAAUGUUCAUAGAAGAGAUAGGGCAAAACUCAAACAAUUUUCUUCUUCCCAUCUUCAAAAUAAUCCUAAUACCUUGUUUGGUUUUUCUCAAAAUAAUUCUUCUUUUCAAAACCAUGAUAAUAAGGUAGACCCUCAAUUUGUUUCUUCUUUUGUAGUAGAUUAUGAUAAUAAUCUAUCAUUUUUUCAUCUUAAGAAUGGUGGGUUAAAAGGUAAGGAAGGCUCUUCUAAGAAAAGAAAAGAUCUCAAUUCUUUUAUAAGCUUGAGUAGCUCAAAUUAUGUUACACAAAAUAAUGAUGAUGUGCAUAAUGUUUUCAAGAGAAGGAAGCUUGAUACAUCUCCAUCAACAACAAUGGCUAAGUCAUCUAAAGGUGAAGAACAAGGAAUAAAGGUUUUAUAUGCCCAUAAUAGUAAUGAGGGACUAGAUCUAGAGCUCAGGCUUGGUGAUCACCGCCAAAGCCCUAAUUUCAAAAGAUUAGAGUCAACUAUAUGA